GCGUGUAAGCUGUGCCUUGCGUGGCCUACCUCAGCUUCACUUUACUUUAGCGUAGCCAAAUAGGAUUUGUCAUCAACACCUGUUUAACAUGCUCCGUAAGACAGGAAACCGUCGUUUUACCCUUCUGGUUUCCACUGUACUGGUGUCUGUUGGUUUUAUCAUAUUUUCCGAGAUGUGGUUUUCAAAAGUAAAUUCAAGAACUCGAUUACAGACAGUGGAAGUAUUGUUGAAACAGAAGCAAGAAACUCUCCUGGCCUCUUACAGAAGUUACAGAGAACAAUUGGGAGAUAAGGACAAUGAAAUAGAAGAAAUUUCGAACAGAUAUAAACUUGCAGAGGCGAGAAUACUAAACCUUUCUCUGAAUCUUGAAACUCAGAGAAAUAGUGCGAAGGAUCUUCCAGUGAUAUAUGCCAUUACACCAACAUACGCACGCAGUCAACAGAAGGCCGAACUUACAAGGCUAUCUCAGACGUUUCUUCACAUGUCCAGUUUUCACUGGAUUGUGGUGGAAGAUUCUAGUGAAAAAUCUCGGUUAGUCGCCAUCUUGUUAAGAAACUGUGGUGUGUCAUACACACAUUUGUGUGUGUUGACACCUUCAAACUCCCAGUUAAAUAUUAGUGGUCUCGUGAGAAAAUCAAAAGGAGUGGAACAAAGAAACCUCGGGAUAUCUUGGCUGCGGAAAAACGUGGACCCGGAAACUCAGCCUGGUGUUGUAUAUUUUGCUGAUGAUGAUAACACGUACGACUUGGGAAUUUUUGCCGAGAUGCGACGGACUCGGAAGGUUUCUGUAUGGCCCGUUGCAUUUGUUGGAGGUAAAAGAUAUGAAGCGCCUAUUGUGAAGAAUGGAAAGGUGACUGGUUGGCGGGUGAGCUUUGAUCCAAGUCGAAAGUUCGCUAUAGACAUGGCAGGUUUUGCUAUGAACCUUCGUCUUUUCUUUGAACAGCCUGAUCUUCAAUUCUCCCAUUACGCACGACCAGGAUCUCAGGAAUCCUAUAUCAUCUCGAAGACCAAUAUAACUCUGAAUGAUCUUGAGCCUCUGGCGGAUAACUGUACAAAGGUGCUUGUGUGGCACACUAGGACGCUACCCCCUGAAUUAAGAAAGGAAGAAAAAAUGAAGGUGAAAUUCGACCAUGGAUCUAACUUCAUUGUUGAAGUAUAGUGAAGUCAUAUUAUCCACGAUAUAUUUCCUGUGGAUAAAACAUAUUUAAUUUUGCUUUGAUUUCGACAUUAGAACACAGGACAUAUGCUUUUGUUAAGGGAGACAACGCUUCACUGAUUGGACUGCCGAGGAGUGCCCUCAUGAGUGAAUUAUCAUAAGUAAAAUGUGCGAAAGUAAAUGAAGGAAGGACAUGACACAACUCAUACAGGUUGCAUUUAGAUAUUCUUUUCAUCAAACACUGCAAAGGCUUUUAAAUAGUCCCUUACAUAUUUAAAUUAAAACUCAUUUGACCAAGCAUGGCUGGAGGACUGCCUUGUGGCGUAAUGCAACACACACUGACCGGCAGGUGCUACCGGUAGUGCAGGAGAACACCUGCUGUCAUCACUCAUUUGACCAAGCAUGGCUGGAGGACUGCCUUGUGGCGUAAUGCAACACACACUGACCGGCAGGUGCUACCGGUAGUGCAGGAGAACACCUGCUGUCAUCACUCAUUUGACCAAGCAUGGCUGGAGGACUGCCUUGUGUCGUUAUGCAACACACUGACCGGCAGGUGCUACCAGUAGUGCAGGAGAACACCUGCUGUCAUCACUCAUUUGACCAAGCAUGGCUGGAGGACUGCCUUGUGGCGUAAGGCAACACACACUGACAGGCGGGUGCUACCGGUAGUGCAGGAGAACACCUGCUGUCAUCACUCAUUUGACCAAGCAUGGCUGGAGGACUGCCUUGUGGCGUAAGGCAACACACACUGACCGGUGGGUGCUACCGGUAGUGCAGGAGAACACCUGCUGUCAUCACUCAUUUGACCAAGCAUGGCUGGAGGACUGCCUUGUGGCGUAAGGCAACACACACUGACAGGCGGGUGCUACCGGUAGUGCAGGAGAACACCUGCUGUCAUCACUCAUUUGACCAAGCAUGGCUGGAGGACUGCCUUGUGGCGUAAGGCAACACACACUGACCGGUGGGUGCUACCGGUAGUGCAGGAGAACACCUGCUGUCAUCACUCAUUUGACCAAGCAUGGCUGGAGGACUGCCUUGUGGCGUAAGGCAACACACACUGACCGGUGGGUGCUACCGGUAGUGCAGGAGAACACCUGCAGUCAUCACUCAUUUGACCAAGCAUGGCUGGAGGACUGCCUUGUGGCGUAAGGCAACACACACUGACCGGUGGGUGCUACCGGUAGUGCAGGAGAACACCUGCUGUCAUCACUCAUUUGACCAAGCAUGGCUGGAGGACUGCCUUGUGGCGUAAGGCAACACACACUGACAGGCGGGUGCUACCGGUAGUGCAGGAGAACACCUGCUGUCAUCACUCAUUUGACCAAGCAUGGCUGGAGGACUGCCUUGUGGCGUAAGGCAACACACACUGACUGGCGGGUGCUACCGGUAGUGCAGGAGAACACGUGCUGUCAUCACUCAUUUGACCAAGCAUGGCUGGAGGACUGCCUUGUGGCGUAAGGCAACACACACUGACCGGUGGGUGCUACCGGUAGUGCAGGAGAACACGUGCUGUCAUCACUCAUUUGACCAAGCAUGGCUGGAGGACUGCCUUGUGGCGUAAGGCAACACACACUGACUGGCGGGUGCUACCGGUAGUGCAGGAGAACACCUGCUGUCAUCACUCAUUUGACCAAGCAUGGCUGGAGGAGUGCCUUGUGGCGUAAGGCAACACACACUGACCGGUGGGUGCUACCGGUAGUGCAGGAGAACACCUGCAGUCAUCACUAAUUUUCAGUGAUCCAUUAAUAUAAUGUUCUCGUUUGCCAUUUACACCCAAUGGAAUCCGUUUCGGUGGAUAAUUGAGCCCGUUAUUCUCUGACGUUGACGUUUUACGCUAUGUUUGCACUGUAAAUAUGUCUGUAUGAUUAAGACGUGUUGCAUUUCAUGUAAUUUUUCAAGGCUAGUAUAAAACUGUACUAUAACACGUGUGUAUGCGUGUGUGUUGUGCACAAACCCGUGCGUUAAUUUGUAAUUCCUAUAUAUUUAUUCUAUAAUAACCCAUUAACGUGUGUUGAAACAACUUUCCAACAGUCAAUUUUCCAUUUAUGUCAAACAAUAGUGACUUGUACCAUGUGUUCCCGUGUAUUAUCGGGUGAACAAAUGACUUGUCUUUGCAUGUGUGUUUGACAGGUGCACCAGUUUUGCAGGAUAUGCUCAUCUUUUUACACACAGCCACCAUUACUAGUUGAUAUUGAUUCAUUAACACUUGCUCAUGAUGUAGUCUGAAUCGUACAAUCCACUCUGCUUUUAUCACAUAUUUCUUGUGACUAUGGAAAGGGUUUUAUCACUUUUGUUUUUUUAUGCAUGGUAAUAUAAAGGAGGUGAGACCUCAAUACACUCUC